ACACAAUCAGCACCCGGCCACCUAUACAUUGAAUACAGGCGGUUCCGCGCGUAGACGUUUUACCGGUACGAUCGAAACGCAACAAAACUUCUUCAGUUUCUUUGCUGACUAGUGGAGUGCGUACGGCACGGCCGCGAGAUUCACGUAUACCAGUCCAGCAGUGAUCGCGGACACGUCUGCUGUGUUAUGUGUCGUUUGGAGAACCGCACCAACCGAUCGUUCGUGCACGUACUGCUGCUGUUGCUGAAUAGUUAGCAUACGAAGGUGCUGGGUUACACUUUUCGUACUAGAGUGCUGUGGCAUUAGUCAUCGAAUAUAACACUCGAGAGGCAAUAGUUUGCUAAUCUAGUGAAACUUAUCUCAUACACCGUUGUUUUCAAGUGCAAUCGAACCGUUUCUAAACAAAACUAUUUAAAUUUCUAUCGUCGGCGAGUCAACAAGUUUUUAUCAAAUAAUGUCCUUGGAGGAAACACGUCGUACCCAGCGACCAUAUCGCUAUGGAAUGAUGUUGCUCUGUGUUGGCGCAUUAGUGAAUUGGUUAGGAUUAGCAGAAAAUUAUUCCGAACCAGUACGAUACGCCGGAGUUGCUUGUAUCUUAGCAGGUGCCUGCCUAAUAUGUACUGCAAUGUGUUGUUGGCUACACACACCUGGUCGUUCUGGUGCAAAUGGUGAUGAGGGUGACGAUCCUGUACAUGUGAUAAGUACAACUGAAGAACGACGACGUGAAAAACCACCAGAUUACGAUACAGUGGCAGCAGCUCCACCGAGCUACGAUGAUGCAAUAAAGCUAGAUCCGGCCGCUCUGUUACGAUUAUCAAAAGGAUCGAAUAUAACCAGCAGCAGUAAUUCGAAUACCAAUUAUCUUCCUACAGCACAUCCUAGUUCAUCCCAAACACUGAACAACGGUACCAGUGUUGUAGAUGUUUCCAGCAGUAGUGUUAGCCAAAUAGUAGAUAGUUCUAUGGCCUUUAUCGAUGAAAAAGUGUGUUCCGAGAAACCUCCUCCUUACUUAGCGCAACCUGCCAGCAGUACAGCCGAUGAGCAAACGUCUCAUCGAACGAACUAAUUCAAUGAAAAUUCUUUACUUUCUCCUUCAAAGCAACGACGAACUGUCUACAAUGUCUAGCAAGUGCUUUCCCGCAUUCGCAAAUCGGAAAAGGCUUACCCAGACACAACAAUUAUGGCUGUGUUCGUAUUCUUAAAUUGUAAGCUACCGCAUCCAGUACGCAUGAAACAGAGGAAUUAAAAGGACGUUGACAUCUGCAACCCUCAAAUGAAGCUGUACAGUAUUAGCGAUGCCAUAUUCGAUGCAGAUGAUGUUCGCAAGGAGACUAUAUCUUCAAGUGCAGUUAAGAAUUCCUAUUUUUUCGGUACUCGCGAAUCUAGCGUUUAGACAGGAUUUAUGCGAAGCCCUAGGAAUGUUAGUUACGGAACCUCACUUACAUUACCGAUCGCACUCAAUACGAGCGCAUGAAAAUAAACCAAACGAUUGUGGGCAACUGAACGUGGAUGUUAUCAUGGAAUAAUGCUGCCCUAAAUAUGGUCUUAUUUUUGUGAUAAUAGUACUAUAAGCAAAUAAAGAUAGCCGAUAUGA